UCGCGUGCACUCUUAUACGUCCCCGGCCACCACGUAGCACGCCGGCGAUGCAUUGUUCCAAACAGUACUGUUCUCGUAGUCCGUACCCGAUGGAUCGUCUCAUCAUCAAGCGCACCAAUGAGAGGGAGUGCAAUGCCGACGAGCAGCUACCGCAGCUGCUCGACUCGCCGCUCCCCACUCCGCGCCGGUCGUGCGCCUCGGUCGACGCCUCACGCCCGCGCUGCCGUCGCGACGCGUCGCCGCUACGGACGCAUGUGCCGUUCUCCUGGGAGAGCUCCCCGGGCGUGCCCAAGAACAGCGCGUGCAGGGACAUGCACAAGAAGCCGCAGGAGAUGCCACCGCCGAGGCCGCCUCCCGGGCGCCUGCCGCCGUGCCCCGCCAGGAACUGGUACUACGGCAACACGAGCGAGGCAAGCAGCGACGACGACGACGACAGAUCGUUCUCCGACGCCCUAGAAAGGAUCUCCUCGCCCGAGCGGACCGGCUCGUUCGACCGGGUCACGUCCAAGCGUUUCGAGGACAUCUUCGUCGGCCGCGCCACGAGCUUCGCCAAGGACCGGCACGCUGCCGCGGAUGCCGUCACCAACUCGUCCUCAGGCAGGCACCCGAGACAACGACAACGUCCCCAUGCAGCUGAUGCAGCGCGCCGCAGCCACGACGAGGACCGCUGCACGCCUAGGCAGCGCAACAACAACGUCCCCAUGCAGCUGAUGCAGCGUAUCAAAAUGGACUCACGGGCGCAGCAGAUGUCCCCAAGAGCCUGUGGGCUCAUGUUGUUCUUCCCCUGGAGCGCAAAACCGGCGGUCUGCGGGUUCGGGAGCCCGACGCAGCACGCGAUGCCUCGCGCCGGACCGGAUGCGCCUUCGCCCUGCUCCCACAGCCGCAGGGGCACCACCCUACGUGAUGCCAUCAAGGAGGAGAACGAAGCCAGCGGCGGCGGCGACUUGCCGCAGCAGCGUGGAGAGAAGAGGAGCCGUGACUGUGAGGAAUGGCAGAGCCGUCGAUGGGGCGUGUCGUCGUUGCUUGACACGAGCAAGAAGUACUGCACUGAUGCCCGGAAGGCUCUGAGCAAGUUAUCCAUCGGAUUAGGAGCGGACGGCGGCAGCCCUAGAGUUAGCAGCGAAAGGAGGAGGAGCAAACAGGUUGGUAUCUCAACAAUGCCGGCGACGGCCUCGAAGCUGACGCAGCUGAAGGCGAACAGAAACUGAGGUGAGAAAAGGCCGGGGUGAUUUGCUGGUGGACAUGAGAUUAGAAGUUUUCUGCACAU